AGAUAGGCAUCUUGUAGAGGUGAACAAGCUGGCCUUUUUCUAUACGUGUGUGUGGAGAAGGUAGAUCAGGAUUGAACAUGCGAAUUUGGAAUCCCUCGGUGUCUGCCCUGUUCGUCGGGUGGCCGAUGGUCUGUGCAGAACAGGUGCCAACGGGCCGGGAGAUCUUCAACAUUGAUUUACGUUCGGGGCUUCCUCGGGGCUCACCGGGCGACCAAAACCUAGGCCCUUGUAUCUGUAUUGUACCUAGUACUGGUUGUCGCCGUGGGCCACGCUUCGCUGACUUGCGGGAAUGCUGUUGGUGCAGUUGAAAAGCUUGCUCAGAUCUUGGACAGUUUCGGAUUUGCCAACUCCGUUGAUAUCGAGGCCAUGGUCCACGCUUGCCUCUAUAAGCCUCUUGGAGCCGUCAUGAAGAAUCUGUCCGCUGUCGUGGGGGAGGACUCCUCCUUGUCGUGGGUCGCCUCAUGGGGCAUCUGGAGGAUUGUUAUUGGGGGCAGCAGAGUUUCGUGAGAAUGGGCUCUCAAGAGUCAAAUUCAGCAGAAUCGAAAUCAACCUCCUACUUCCUCAGUCUAUUACUGUGUGACGGAACCGUAUUUCUCACCAAGUCUGGCCAAUCGCCAGCUGAAUGUGCCGAGUCGGAUGGGCAUCAAGUGGUCGCCAAGUUCCUGACGUGUUCUGAGACUAUUAUCAUCACUUUAGGGGACCUUCUUG